UCAUACGGAGGGGUCAAUUCUUGCGACGGAGUGGGUGAAUGUGGGUGCUGUCGGAUUUCUUUCUGUAAGUUUUGCAUCAGAGAAAUAGCAACCACAUUGUUUCACACUCCAGGGUUGAAGCGAUAUUCAUAACCUUAUCCUGGGCUAGCCACCCUUUCAAACAUGGAUGAACAGUUCAGAAGACCAUCGUUCAAUGGUACUAGAUGGCCUAGAGACAGUCCAGUGGCAGAGACAUACGAUGUGCGCAACAGCACCACCCAGAUGAUUCUCCUUAACAACAGGUCCAAGUUACCUAGAUUAAGAGGAUACAAGAAGAGAACGGAAGCUAUGCAUCAUCUAGACUACAGCAGACACACAACAGCCCGACCACAAGUGAAGCGUGAUGCACACAUGAAGUGUCUCAACUCGGACAGUCCAGGGUUCACUCCAAAACAUAACGUUGAUCUUGGUUGGGUCAAUGCGUCAAAGAGACCACCACAAAAGUUCCCAAAUGGAUCGAGUGUGAACCUAAGAAGACACAACUGGUGCAUGGCGGCAGGUAAUAAUGCAUUGCCAUGGGAGUGGCCGCGUCACAAGAACCGAGGUUCACACUUGGUCCAGAUGCUUCAAGACUCGCAGCUUGUGGAGGAACUGAACAAGACUGGAGGUAAUAAAGACUUGGUGAGCCUCGCCCGCAUCUACAGUGUGGAGAAUCUGAGGCAACUUAUGCAUAGCCAGUAUAUGAAGAUAUUCAGACGAGGGGAACACAGAGGUGUGUUCACCUCCAAACAGUGUGAGAACUUAGAGCGGUAUCUGUCUGGCUGUCGAAAAAAUCACCAUAUUCUAGCGCCUCUAUUGAGAGGUUCCGUGUCAUCAAGAACCCAAAAUGAGCCUGGGACUCAAUAUUCAAUCAAUUUGUCAAUGGCCAAGAAAAGGGGAACGAGUAAAACUAGAACCUCAAACAGUGAAAAAAAGAAUCCCGCAUCAUAUCAAGGUCAUACAGCUUCAAAGAAAACCAAGACAAGUUCAGAGAAAAGGGAUACCACGGCAUCUAAAAAGGGUACAACUUUGAACAAAGAUCAUGCUGAGUCUGAAGAAGAUGAAGAACCUGAUGAUCCUCAAACUGAACUGCAUUACCCGUUACCAAGACAAGGUCACGGGCGACCCAUGCCUCGACUUGGACGUGGAUCAGUUGUGAGCAAGGAGGACAGGAAAAAUCAAGACGAGAAUAUCGACUCCGAUUUUAGUAGUGAUAGCGAGUCCAUCAAAGGAACAGAAACAUAUUACAAGAAACCAGUUGAAAUUGAGAAAACAGCAGAGGACAAGCCAAAAGAAGAAACGAAAGUUCAGCCUCGUUCCGGUGGUGGAGGAGGCGAAGGAGAAAAACUAAACUCUGAAGAGGAUGAUAAUGAGGACGACAGGACCAGCGAGAAAUCUACUGACGACAAGAACAACACAUCGUAUUCAGAUGACAAGGACGACAGGACCAGCAGGACCAGCGAGAAAUCUACUGUCGACAAGAACAACAAAUCGUAUUCAGAUGACAAGGACGACAGGACCAGCGAGAAAUCUACUGACGACAAGAAAUCUACUGACGACAAGAAUGACGACAAGAACAACAAAUCGUAUUCAAAUGACAAGGACGACAGGACCAGCGAGAAAUCUACUGUCGACAAGAACAACAAAUCGUAUUCAGAUGACAAGGACGACAGGACCAGCGUGAAAUCUACUGACGACAAGAACAACAAAUCGUAA